GCUCCUUACCAUAGUAUAAUACAAAUAUUGUACCUCCAUACAAACGUAGCAGAGCGGCUUGCUCGCCGGGCACACUAUUUGACAGGCUUCUUUCAAUUCUUGAUAUAACUUUCAUUAAAAUAAAAUGAUGAAUUAUUUACCUUUCAUAUAUUUUCAGAGCAGCCCGUUCCUUUCUACAUAAGUUUUGACUAUAAUGACCCUCACUACUGACUCUUGGUUAAUACGAGAAGGGCACUAUAUCUUGUGCAAGCACAGGGACCUUCUCAGAUCAGCCUUGGGUGAGCUGCCCGGGUGCACGUACACCACCCUAUUUUCCAGAUAGAGCAAUAUGCAAAUGUUAGAAAGAAACUUUCUCAAGCCCUGGCUUUAAACGACUUCGAUAGAGAAAUGUACAAAGUUAUGAUACAAAGUCAAGGAGCAUCGGGCAAAGUGUACGUUAAAGCAGGAGCCGAAGCGAAUAGAAUACCUUCUGGCCUGAACCUUGGUGGUUUCUGCAUGAUGAGAAUGCAGGAUUCUGUACUGUUUUUCCAUCGACUGAAGUUGCGCAAUGACACAUUUUUCCGACUGAAUUAUUUGCACACAGACGUUGAUAAAAUGAUUAUAACAGCUCGGCUUGCACUCAACGACUUGCACCUGUCCGGUUCCUACGAACGUGCUAUCACCGACAAGGACCCUUCAAAUCUUUUCUACAGGCCCACAUUUGGCAAUAUCAUAUUUCUUCUAAGAAAUGUGCAAUAUCAGAUGGAGGGUCGAUACCGUUUGGUACAAAACAAGCUUAUGGUCGAGAACAUUAUUUCGAAUAUUCAUGUACCGGAAGCCUUAAUGAACUAUGUAGUUAACGGAACCCUCCAAACGCCAGAAAAAUUACAAGUGAAGAGCAUAGAGGAAUUCGUGAACAAGAUAAGAAUAGAUAUGGAUAAAUGGUUAAAGCAUUAUUUCAACGAUUACCUGCUAUAUUUCGAGUUAGGUCCGGCCGGGUCUGACAGUAGCCUCAGAGAAUACGACGUGAAAAAGGCAUAUGAACUUAACACAUUCGUAGACCAAUCUAUAACUGCUAUGAGGAAACGUCUGUUUGAAAUCAGAUGUGCUAAUGUGAAGAUCCCGAACUUUCAGAUUUUCACGAUUAACGGAAUGGAAAUAAAAUUAAGAGACGGUGUAGUACGAGGUUUAGACAGUAUGCAUCGCCGAUCUGUGGCCACUGGAAAAGACUCAGAUGGCAAGAUGCGAAAGGUGGACGUUGUUAUUGGAUUCAGCAACCUAAAGGUAGAAUACAAAUAUGACGCAACUCUAGCGCCAGGAACUACAGUUAUGCAUGGCAUGUUCAUCCUAACAGCUGAUGACCUUACGGCAAGUCUUGACAUCUCUCUUGUCAGCGAACCUGAGUUUGUUGACCUCAAAUUUGACUUCUUGGAACAACCCAAACCAGAGUCAUUAGUAGUUGAAGGUCCCAUAAAUCGCCGAAUAGCCAAUAUCAGACAUCUGCUAGAAAACCACAUUAUUUCCCUUAUGUCAAAUAUGCUCUAUUAUCAGAUAACAAUGCUCAAGACACUCACUCAUUGUGCUCCAAAGUUGAUCCCUCACAUGGAUCCUGGAGACGAUUACGAUCCUUCGGCUGAUGAAAACGCUGCGAAGAAAGAAGCAGACUACGCAGCAAAUAGACAAGAUAGUAUAGAAAUUGAAAUACCCGGUAAACCUGGUAAACCGAGGAAACGAAUGAAGAUACAGUAUGGCGAGAAAUUCGCUCUUAUUGAUUUAGGUGACAUCUUGGGAAGCCCAACCUCGCCACCAGAUAGGAAGGAAGACUCACCUCAAGAUCAUGACGAUAAACCACAUGACAUCAUAGAUACACAACUUACUGAAAACACGUUGAAACCAGUUUUUCCUUAUGGCCUGUCAAGAGUAGAUAGUGCAGAAGUAGUAAUUAACAAAGAAGGCGUUCCAAAAACUUUCCACAUUAAAUAUAAUGAAAAUUUCGACGUGAAUGACAAUAGGAAUGCCAAACAGGGUACCUUAGAUGAUACCGAAGAUAAGGAAGAGGCAACAAAAAAACGAACAAUGCGAAUAAACCGUAAUCUUAGAGAGAAAAAAGCAAAAUUCGUGCUUUCGAAAAUACUUCGGGAUAAAAGAAACGGAAUACUAAGAAAUAAAUCGCUAGUAAAGAUGGCGCUGCCCGUUCCGGACCAGAAAGACCAGAAAGUGAAGUACCCGUGAUGCGCUCCGUCAACUCUGCACACAAGAAUGAGUUCCUUCACCGCAUGACACGUGAAGCUACCGAACCACCUCUUACUAACGCAAGAAUAAACAUAAGUAAUAUUUUCGAAGACUUAAAAUUGAGUGUCGGUAAACAAAAUUUAUCAAUUGCACAAAAUUUCAACACGCAUAACCUAAACCUUGGGUUUAAUUUUACAAAGUUUCCGUUAGGAUUGUAAAAUACAAUAGUGCCUGUAACGUUGUGUUCGUCUGUGAUAAAUCAAAUAAACU